AUGACCACCAUGGAUGAAGAGGAUCUAAGCGAGUAUUUCCGCAUGCAAUAUGGACAGAAAUUGUUGAAACUGUUGAUGAAAUUCCCAGUGUCAGAAGAGCAGUCUCCAUCUCCUUCCAUUCGACUCCUGGAGAAGAAGAAAGAGGCCAAAUUGGUGCAUCAGGCCAUGGAAGCUCAAAAGGAGGCAUUUAAAACAAGAAUGGAAUCCCUAAACAACAGGUGGGAAGAGCUUGGUACAAAAGAAGUGCAGCUGAAAGCGUAUAUUAAGAAAUUCGAGCAAUUCAUACAGGAGAAUGACCAGAAACGGAUCAGAGCUCUGAAGAAAGCCAACAAGGAACGAGAACUGAAGAAACAGCGGGUGAAGGAGCUCGCCAAGGUCAAGUUAGAGAUCGCAGCUCUGAAACAGCAGCACCAAAAGCUCUACAACAAGCUACAGCAAUACUCAAUCUUCAACAAGUAUUUGGAGAAGGUGGUGCAAGUCUCUGAGUUUGAAGAAAUCCGGGAAGUCAUUGGACGCUAUAAAACUCUAGUUGGGAUGCACCGGGAUCUCCUGCAGUCAGCUCAGGAGGGGCUGGAGUUGAUCGAACAAGCCAAGGUGCGCCUGGCCCGCUACAAAGAGGAAAAAGAUGAUGAGAUUCUGCAACACAACAACGAGCUGGCCCGCCUGCAGCUGCGCUUUGACCAUGCCCGUAGUGACGUCAUUGCCUGGGAGUCCCGCUGGGCUCAUAUCCAGAAUACUGCUGCAAAGAAAACCCUGAUGCUGGGCACCAUCAAGAUGGCUACACUGAAUCUUUACCAGAGUGUAAACAAGCAGAUGAAGGAAACUUUAAUGGUGCCUCUGGAGGACACUCACAGGCAGCUGGAUAUGAUCCAGCAGUUUAUCCAAGAUCUGUCAGACAUCUGGGCAGAAGUGAAGAAGAAAGAUCAAAAUCGAUCACAAACAGGGCUUCCCAAGGACAUAUAG